AUGUCGACGCCUCCUAUCUCUUGUGAAGGCCCAGCACCUCCCCUUCCCUCUAAUAAUGACAUAUCAGGCAUCGGAGUCAUCGUCAAUUAUGUCGGGACCGCUGGGCUGGCAACACUGCUGGUCAUGGUAUACUAUUUCAUGGUCUAUGAACCCGCAAAUGACCCAUUCAGGGUAAACGGCCAAACAGAAGAACUGUUGUCCAGGCCUAACCCUGUGGACAUAAUCAUUCUACGAAGUCUGCGUGCUGCACUGAAACGAAUUCCUCUAACCGAGCACAUCCCGUUUGGCACAAACAAGAAAACCGAGUUGUUUUUCCUGAAGUUAAUUGUCAUGAUGGGUGAUCUUCAAGUUUUGAGCGGGUUAACAAUCCUAAUAAGUGGCUUUGCGCAGCUCCGUUCUGGGCUGGCAACUUACUAUUGGAUCGUCAUCGUUCAGCUCGCCUGGUUUUCUUGCCUGACCCAUCUGUGCUGUUUAACUCUUCUGAGAAACCAUCUUUACAACAAUGCCAUCGAACGAGGAUGGCGACUUGUUGCAAUGGCAACCCUAGCCAUUCUUGACCUGGUAGGCCUCGGGUUCACUGGAAAUUACCACUGGGCUUUCUGCUCAGAUUGCGACUAUAGGAAUUAUAGUCAACUGAAAGAAAGCGGCGACGCUGGUAGCAUGACACCGGCUCCGAACGAUUAUGCAAUAUGCUUCAUGAGUGUAGCUCCAUCUGGAAACGGGGCAUUCGCAUCUAUGGUGGUGGCAAUGCUGCUGAUCAUCUUGGGAUUUUGUACUAGAGUAGCAAAACUGUACAAGCCUCUUUCUGUUGGGGUUUUCGGUCGGUUUCGAGCUCAUCUCAGCAUAAAAUCCCGGAGGCUACUACGGCGUGUCUACAUAUACUCUGGUGCUAACAGGAAGAGCAAUUUGAGGUGGAACUUGUUGUAUCUGCCCCUACUAUCGAUAUUUCUAAUGGGACGUUUUCUCUUAGAUGAGUGGUCCUCACUGUUUCUCGAGGUCUUUUGGCUUCUCGUUUCCUUCACUUGGGGCAUAGCCCAUGUGAAUCAUUUUAUGAAACAAUCAGAAGUCAUUCAUUUCCAAUUUCCUGACGACAAUUUUGAUUGGUCGUUUGGCCAAGUUCUAUCUGUUCUUCUCCUAAUAGCUCCAGUGAUCUCCAUCCUAGAGAGUUUUUCAGGAAUUGAAGAUACGGAAUCGGAUGAAGUCCAUGUCUCUCAUUUAACGCAAAGCCUACAAGAAAACUUGACACCUUCUCCAAUCAAUCAGGAUCCUAUGGAUCCGGAUAAUGAUUGGGACCGUCAUCAGCCGACAUUGAAAGCCGCUUUCGCCUAUUUCAAUCUGGUGUUCGCGAUAAUAUACGUCACUGUUAUAACUUCACCGGCGGCCAGUAUUCCCCAGACUUUAUUCGAUGAAUGGAUUGCCGUAGGGACUUUCGUUGCACCCUUUCUCGGUUUAUUCGGUGUUAUCUUGCUCUCUUUAUCCAUAGAGCCGCUUUUUUCCCAAGGAAGAAUAGUUUUCCCAGCUCUUUCCAUACUGCUUACGAUUGUUUGGUUCACAACAAGCAUCGCGUGGCCAGCUGUCGAGGGCAUGUUUAUUUUUCAGUUUACUGCUCCCAUGCAAGUGUUCCCCUUCUUUGCGGGCUUUUGUUAUCUGAUGAUCCGACACUUUGUCGAUCUCAUUGCAGGAAACUGUGACAACAACGCUACCGCUUCGCAAGUAUGA